CCCCCACAAGCCCACAUUCCCAACACAUCAUUUCUACCAUAACUAUUCAUUCACCCAUCAAAAAGCUAAAGUAAACCCCAACCCCCCAUCAUUCACUCUCUCUCUCCCUUUCAUUCUGUCUGUCCAUCUCUCAAACCCAGCUUCUUCUGUGACACCCAUUGAGAAUUUUAGAAAAACUAAAACCAAUAGCCAAACCCAAACCAAAACAAUGACCGCUUCAUAGGUCAACCUAAAAAAAAAGAAGCAAAAGAAAACACAUUCACACAAAAACAAAACACAAUCUUCAAACACUUUCAUUUGUGGAAUAUACCCCAAUUUGUCCCCAACUCACAAAAAACCCUUUCACACCUGCAAAAAAAAAAAAUCUAUCAAUCAAUCUCGUUGAAGCUCCAGAACCCAGUUCAGCUCUUCCUUACACAAACCUAGAUCUAUGUUCUCUAUCCUCAAUACGAUAUCGUUUCGUUUCAGAUCCAGUUUAUAAAUUAAAAAAAAAAAAAAAACAAUGGAUAUAGAUGAUUUCAGAACGAUUCUAGAGAGUUCAGGUGUGGAUGUGUGGACGUUUAUAGAGACGGCGAUUUCGGUGGCGUCUAUGGAUUAUGGUAGCGAGUUGAAGCAACGGAGAGAUGGGAUCGUUGAGAGGCUCUACGCUGCGACGGCGUCGUUUCAGUCUCGCUGUCAGAAUUGCGAUGAAGAUGACGGUGAUAACGGUAACGCCGUUAAUCUCAAUCGGAGACAACAGAAUAGUAAUAGUAUUGGUAAUGAAGCGAAGACGACGACGGAGACAGAGACGACGGCGGCGGCGGCGGCGGUGAGAGAUGACGACGGCAGCGAGGAUUUGGAUCCGUAUUGUGGUUUGUUCGAAGAUCAGCAAAAGAGGAUUCUCGAAAUUAAAGAACAUCUCGAAGAUCCUCAACAGACUGAGGAAUCGUUGGUUGAAUUGCUUCAAACUCUAGCUGAUAUGGAUAUUACAUUCCAAGAGCUAAAGGAGACUGAUAUAGGGAGGCAUGUGAAUCGAUUGAGAAAGAAUUCAUCGAAUGAUGUGAGGAGAUUGGUGAAGCUGCUAGUCAGGAAGUGGAAGGAUAUUGUGGAUGAAUGGGUGAAGUUGAAUCAACCUGGGGAACACACUUCCUCUGCUUUAAUGGCUGAUGGAGACUCACCUCAGCAGAAAGUUACUCAAAAUGGUUAUCACCAGGUUCCUGAUUUUGCAUACUCUCCAAAUCCACACAAUGGGAGUUCUGGGUCAGAUAAGUAUAAUUCAGAAUCUGAGCCAAAGCCGAAAGUGAUUCCUCGGAAAGAAGCUCCUCCUGCUAGAGCAGCACCUGUAUCUGCCUCAGCACAUCAAAAUAGACAAAGAGAACAACAAAAGGAUGUUGACUCUGAAAAACUGGCUUCAGCAAGAAAAAGGCUUCAAGAGAAUUACAAGGAAGCUGAAAAUGCCAAAAGGCAAAGAACGAUUCAGGUGAUGGACAUCCAUGAGAUCCCAAAACCCAAGAAUGCCUUCUUUGGAAAGAACAAAGGUGGUAGUGGUGGCGGUUCUCACGGGAGGCACUGGUGACUGAAUACGGCAAAUCAUACAUACUAAAGGGUACAUGAUGGAGGCCGGAAAGGCCAAAACCGGUUGUGCCUCUUACAUUGUUUUUUGGAGUUAAGAAAACAAAAACAAUAACACUUUUUUUUUGUUAAUUUACUUAAUAACAAAAAUUAAAAUGACUUAUUUGGGAAUACUGAUUUCAAAGUGUUAAAAAGUUUUUAGGUUUUCAAUAGCGGGAAACUCUAGUGGGGCACAUACACUCACGCCCAAAUCCACAACAAUCUUAAGUGUCAAUUAUUGGCGCACUAAAUUCACUUUUUCAGCAAGUGCAAGAGGUGGUCUCUUGUGUUAGUGUUGAAAUCCAAUUAUAUGUUGACAUUAAAGCAUGUUGUAAAAUUGGGUGAGUUUGUAGGUGGAUAAUUCAUUAGUGUGGCUAUUGGAGCAUUGAAAAAGGGAUAUAGCGCAACUUGGUAGCAAGCACGUUUGUUUUGUUGGGUACAAAAUGUCACUGAGUUUAAAUUUUCAAAUCUUGUUAUAUCGAUUUAAAA